UGGUUUCAGCAGGAAUGUCCGUUAUUUAUAGUCCACAUUUUAUGCGUCAAACAAGUAAAGCACAAGAUAUGAAACGAAAAAUUUCUGAAUUGUUUGAAACUGUGACAAAAACAAAGAUUCCUCCUCAUGUUCGUUCUCUUACAUUGGAUAUGUUAUGUGAUGACCUGGAAGGAAACGACGUUGAAGAUGUUCCUUAUAUUAAAUACACAUUCAGAUGA